AUGAAUUUCAAUGCGAAUGAUUUCAAAUACACGGCUGAUCUAUUAACCACUAUAGAAACCAAACUAAUCAAUGAUGGUUACGUUCGAAUACAAUUUAGCGCGGACGAUCUUCCAAAUGAUCGUCAUCAAAUUAAGAAGAUUGAAUCUUUUUUUGUUGAUUUCAUCAAGAAAUUGGGUGGUAAAUGCUUAACGCAUAAUGCCGAAGAAAACUCAUUUGUCUGGCACGUAAGACCAUUGCCAUCGAUCUCAGAUAUUCAACAUCCACUGGCACGAUCCCAAACCAAUGAAGAAUUUCCAUUUCAUACCGAUUGUUCGUACGAAUCAAAUCCACCAGAAUACGUGGCAUUGUUUGUUUUGGAACAAGAUCAAUUGGGUGGUGGACAAUUCGAAGUUAUUCAAGUAUCAGACAUUGUCAAUAAUUUAUCUGAAGCAAGUAAAACGAUUCUAUUGACGGAAAACUUUAAAAUUGCUGUCCCAAUGGAAUUUCGCAAGGUGAAAGAUGUCGAUCACAUCUAUGGACCGAUUCUUCUCGAUCAUAAUGAAAUUCGCUAUCGUCCAGAUAUUGUCCUUGAUCACAAAUCUGCUGCAUUGAAUGAACUCGAGUCAAUCAUCAGUAGAAUUCCAAAACAUGCACCAAAGUACGAAAAAUAUACCAUGAUUCUUUUGAAUAAUCGAAAAUAUCUUCAUGCACGUACAAAAAUUCUCGAUCCUCGUCGUCAUCUGCUUCGAAUUCGAUUUAAUAAACCAGCUCCAUACAAUGUUUACUCCAUAUAUAAUGAAACUAAAUUACGUCCAGAAUAUUUAACGUUACCACACACUUUGCUCGACUAUUUUCGUGAGCAACAUACUCGUUUAUACAAGACUUUGAAGCUAAUUAUUGAACAAUAUCAUCAACCGACGGAAGUUGGUGCAGAAAUUCGACGUACGUUUCAAUUCGAACCAAAAAUUCAUAAUCUUCUAUGUGAAUUGAAUAUCCAUCGUCCGGAAUUCGAUAUCGGAAAUUAUCGACCAGAUGUUCUGUUCACUACAGGACGUCGUUUCACUAUGAAUGGCAAACAUCGAUUCGAACCAAAAAUCUGUGAAAUUAAUGGUAGAUUUUCAUGGAAUGGAUUUCUAUUUUCAGCUGCGAUCUGUCCUGGAAAUAAUAGUAAUCAAAUUUCAGUCAACUUCAAUACUAUGCUCGAUACCAUCAUUACAUCUACUCAAUUGGAUACGACAAAAUCGAUGACAAUUCUUAAAUCGAAAGAACACGGCUUCGAUAUACAUCUAUUUCAGAAAUACUGGAUGAAUAGGUAUCAUCAAACUUGUCGUAUAAUACAUCCCGAUCAAAUACAUGUCAUCAAUGGACAAUUAUGUGAUCGAAAUGAUAGACAUCCCAUUCAACAAUUGAUUUUGGAAUUACAUCAAGAUGAAAUCUUGAGUUUCUCAAAUGAUAUUCUUCAUACCUUCAUUCACAAUACUCAGCUACGAUAUAUGAACGAUCUACGAACAAUUUUUCUUGUGCAUGAUAAACGUAUGUUUUCACUUCUAUCCAAUCAAGCAUUCUUAGAUGCACUUUGGCAAUGUGAUUAUGAUCAAACAAAGACUUUGACACAACUAAUACCUACGACAUAUGUUAUUGGUCAAAUGCCAUCCUAUGUCCGAGAAUGUGUCUUGACAAUGAAAAAUAAUUGGUGUAUCAAACCAAAUCUUGGAGGCAAAGGAGUAAAUAUGAGCAUAGGUACGGAUUGUUCGUCCGAAGAUUGGUCUCGUCUCUUAUUAGACCGGAAUCAUCACGAAUGGAUCAUUCAACAAUAUCAAGAACCAGUUCAAUAUGAAUCUAUGAAUCUAUCAGGCAUGUUAUUCUGUUGCAAUAAUAAUUGUUUCAAUCUUGGACCUAUUCGAUUAUCUCCGAACAAGAUUGUUAAUAUUAGUAAUGGUGGCUAUUUCAUUCGUCCUUUUGUUCAUCGUCGAUAUGUGCAUUGUUCUGAACAGAGUGAAAUUCUUACCAAAGCAAAACUACACGAACAAUUGGAAAUGUCUAGAUUGACGCAACCAUACUGGAAUCGAAAUGUCUAUCUGUCAUCAUCGGGUGGUAGUGGCGGGAAACGAUUGUUCUUUGCUACAGAUAUUCAAGAGAAUCAACGACAACGAGAAAUUCUAGUCGAUAUGAUGCUUUCCAAGGAUGUUCUCUCCCAAAAGGAUGUCUGUCUCAAUCUAUUUCACUGCAAGAAUAUGUAUCGAUCGUUAGAAAUUUUCAAUGACUUCUGUUCAUUGGCUUCUUGCACCGUCUUACCAAUGGGUUCUGAUGUCGAAGAUGAUAAAGUUCUCAAGAUUAUUGAACAUUUUCGACCGAACGUUCUCAUGGGUUCACCUUAUCGACUUAUGCAAUUGGCUCUAUUUAUCGAAAAACAUCAUCAGACAAAUGAAAAAAUUCAUUUUGAAAAAAUUUUCUUUGCUUGUGAGCCAUUAGAUAAUCUUAAACGAGAUUAUUUCAAACGAGUUUUUCACUGUUCAACGUGUUUGGGCUUUUAUGGGUCAGCUGAAACUGGUGUCCUCGCUUGUCAAACGCCUGAAUACUCUACGACUCGAUUAUAUAUGUAUCCGAAAGAAUUGGUACAAGUUAACAUUAAUAAUGGACAAAUUAUCGUAACGAAUCUUGUUCGACGACGAAAUCAAUUGAUUCGAUUUAAUACGGGUGACCUUGGUCGAUUAAUACCGACCGAUGACAACGAAAAGUAUGGAUUGGUCGAAGUUUGGCAAAGUCAACGAUUAAUAGAUCUUACUCCUGGCUCGAUUAUGAAAUCUGAUAUUGAAGAAUUUAUGAAUCAAUUUGAUCUCAUCGAAUGGCAAUUAAUCAUAGAAAACGAGCUGCACAAUAACAAUCGAACGAUGCUAACAUUUCGUUGUGUUGGAAAACUGAAUACAACCAUCGAACAUAUGAAAACAGAUGUGAACAAUUAUUUAACACGUUGUCUAGGUAGUUCAUUUCCGAUUGAAGAUCAUUUGACUACUCGAUUCGAAUCAAUUCCGUAUGAGGCAUUGAUUCGAGAUCAAGUAUCGAAUAAGUUGCUCAAAAUGAUCGAUAGACGGUCCUAG